AUGAAGAGGCAUGGUGGUGGGAGCCAUACGGCCUGCAGCCUCCUCUUGCUCGUCGCCGUCUUCCUGGUCAUCUCCUUCCAGUGCUUACUGAGACACUCCAGUCUCGGAGGCCAGACCCUCCGCGGCACCACGACAGCUGGGCCGGCUGAGGGUGUACUAGGACAUGACGCUGACGCCACGCUCAUGGAGCUCGCGGCCGUCGACCCGGCGGCGACGGCCGUGCUGCAGGCGGCCAAGAAGCUGCUCGAGGGCAACAUGUCGAGAGCUCCGGAGGAGCACCGCGACGUCGCGGUACGCGGGCUGCGGGACUGGCUACGAAGGCAGCGGUUCGACCCCGGCGUCAUGUCCGAGCUCGUGGACCUCAUCAAGAGCCCCAUCGACCGGCACAGCGGGCGGGACGCCGAUGGCGGGAAGUACGCGUCGUGCGCUGUGGUCGGCAACAGCGGCAUCCUUCUGACGUCAGAGCGCGGCGACAACAUCGACGGCCACGAGCUCGUGAUCCGGAUCAACAACGCGCCGGCGGGCAACGCAGGGAACGCGCGCUACGUUGGCGCCAGGACCGGGCUGGCGUUCCUCAACAGCAACGUAAUGAGCCGGUGGUGCGCCGGGGGCAGCAGAGCCUGCUACUGCCGCGCCUACGGGGACGCCGUGCCCAUCCUGACGUACAUGUGCAGCGGCGCGCACUUCGUGGAGCACGCCGCGUGCAACGCGUCUUCCUCCGGCGCCGCGCCGGUGAUCGUGACGGACCCGCGGCUGGACGCGCUGUGCGCGCGUCUCGUCAAGUACUACUCGCUGCGGCGAUUCGUGCGGGAGACGGGGCGGCCGGCCGACGAAUGGGGGCGGGCGCACGGGGAGGGCAUGUUUCACUACUCGUCGGGGAUGCAGGCGGUGGUGGCCGCGGCCGGCGUGUGCGAGCGGGUGUCGGUGUUCGGGUUCGGCAAGGACGCAGCGGCCCGGCACCACUACCACACGCUGCAGAAGCGGGAGCUGGAACUGCACGACUAUGAGGCGGAGUACGAGUUCUACCGGGACCUCGAGGCCCGGCCGGAGGGGGUCCCGUUCUUGCGGGAAUCUGGGUUUAGGUUGCCGCCCGUGGUGUUCUACCGGUGA